AUGACUCUCGGAAGAAACUCUAAACAACUCAAGCAUACCAUCAGAAACUUAGUUUCAUCGUUGGUGAUGCACGAGCAUGUGACAACCACUCCAGCAAAGGCUAAAAUUGCAGCCAAUUAUAUUGAGAACCUCAUUUUGAAGUCAAAGAAACAUCAAUCCUCAGAGAAGGCAAGUGCCCAAUGGAGACAUCUUCUAUACGGGAAACUAUACAAUCAGGAUAUUACUGUAGACAAAGUUAUCACUGAGUUUGUCCAACGAUACCAGAACAGAUCGUCUGGAUUCACCAGACAACUCAAAUUAGAGCCUAGGUUCGGUGACAAUGCACCACAGGUUGCGCUGGAAAUGGUUGACAACGAAUCCAGAGAAAUGGCGUUUUGGUAUUUGGCGAAAACCGUUGCUAGAUUGGAACUACAGGGGUUGGCGUUAGACCCACUAACAAAGAAAAAUGUAGAUAAACUAACGGUUGGUAAAGUCAACGGGCCUGAGAAAUUCAGGGAAGUUGUCCAAAUCUGCAAAGACAAUUUCUUCAACGACGAAGAUGCGAAGCAUGAGCUGGAAACCUCCAAACCAAGAUUUAAGUCCAACACCAACGGCUUCAAUAGACAAACUACAAAUUUCGAAUUUGUUCCAAGAGAAUAA